GUCUCACCGCCUUUUUCUGAUUUUCUGCUUCACUUUCAUCUUGCUAACAUUUGCUUUGCCUCCACUUGUCAUCUCCCCUACAACUUGCACCGGUCCCUCCGUUUCUGGUCUUUGUUCUUGGCUUGCUGGCUGGCCAGUUUGUAACUCCCACGCUUGCCCUGCGGCUUCUUUUCAGUUGCCACUUUUUCCACCCGCAGAUAGUGUUACUUUGUUACCGUUCGUUAGUGCACUCCGGGCCUCUUCCCCGCACUCACCCACCGCCCCCCUGCCAAGAACAAAUCUUUGCUUUUGUGGUACUUCGUCCUGGAGUGUCACCUGGAGCUCCAGCCUCCUGACUCUGAAGUUUGAUCCUAAAAAAAAAAAAAGUUACUGUAGUUGGUGAACUGCCUUCAGAGUUUUUGAUAGGAGGAACAGAAAGGGCCUGUCAAUUUCUGCAGCAGCGUUGAAAUAACUUUGAAAUAACUGUUUCGUAGGACAAGACCUCUUAACAUAUUAGUUCCUGUGCCCCGAGGAUAUUCUGGCUAAACUUCAAGUCACCCUUGAACUGGCUCAUCUUGGUGGAUGCCAGGCCCCCUUCCCCCCCCAUCCGCCUGCCCACUGGGCUUAAAGUUUGCCUCUGUGUUCACCAGGAGUGUUCUGCCCCCUACCUAGGGGGUUCUUUCAAACAAGACAGAAGGAACGCUUGGAACUUUACAUUUACUGCUGUGGUUUUGUCUGUUUUAAAUUGGGACCAAACCAUUAUAUAAAAGAUGGCAGUUAUUUUUAAAAAGCUUUGGCUACAGAGACCACAGUCUUAGGAAUCUUAAUUUUUUUCAUGUAUUAGGAAUCUGCGUGCCUGAGAGGCUUCCCUCCUGGCGGCCUGUGUGUCUUGUCAGGCGCUGUCACAGUAUACCCCUUGUAGAUGGAGGCCCCUCAAGCCUCCUGCUCACGCGCCUGUUCCCACAAGGUCGGUGAAGACUUCACAGUUGAGUGACCGGAAGAUGCCUCCUCUAGCUUCUGGUUGUAACAUUACCACCACUUUUAUUAUCCGUGUGGACACUGCACAUUGAGGUUUUCUAGAAAUGAGUUCUCAGAGUAUAGGAAGUCCAUGUUUUUGCUUGUUGAAGGUGAAGUUUCCUUGGAGUCUGUUGACAUGGUUGAGUCAGCGCUGCCCAGGUGAGUUCCAGGCGGCGGACAGUCUCCGCAGUGUUGUCAGAGCCCUUGCUGGCACAGUUCUGCAGCGUGGCCUCCGACCACGGUCGCUUCCAGCGUCUUGGGUGGUGUUUUUAUUGCAACACAUUCGGUAAACAUUUCUUGAAACUAACUGAAAAAAUUGGAUUAACUUUUUCUCUGAGGAAUUUCGGUAGCUAUAUUACAACUUUCUUCAUCUUUCAGAAAGAAAAGCAUUUUCAACUGUCUUUGUGGACACUUUUCUUGGACAUUCCAAGUGAAAAAAAUAAAAUGAAGCAUUUUAGUCAUUAGCAAGUUUCGAGGAGCCAUCUAUUAUUUCCAAGUAGUUCAUCUUUUCUGUGUCAUUAAAAACAAUAAUUAUCAAGAAUGCCUGCAAAUUGCACCGUGCUUUCCUUUGGCAAGUGUGUGCCUUGUGUGUUGUGCAGUCUCCCCUCUCUCCUCCCUCCCUGUUGCAUGCUGGCAACUAACUGUCUUUUCCGCUUUUGAGGUAGUGAAGAGAGCUUAUCGGAGGACGCCCCCUCAGGAUGAGUAGGAAACCUCCAACCCGUCCUGGAAUCACUUUUGAGAUUGGUGCUCGUUUGGAGGCCCUGGACUACUUACAGAAAUGGUAUCCAUCACGAAUUGAAAAAAUUGACUAUGAGGAAGGCAAGAUGUUGGUCCAUUUUGAGCGCUGGAGUCAUCGUUACGAUGAGUGGAUUUACUGGGACAGCAACAGACUGCGGCCCCUGGAGAGACCUGCACUGAGGAAGGAAGGGCUCAAAGAUGAGGAAGAGUUCUUCGAUUUUAAAGCUGGAGAAGAAGUGUUGGCUCGUUGGACAGACUGUCGAUAUUAUCCUGCCAAGAUUGAAGCAAUUAACAAAGAAGGAACAUUCACAGUUCAGUUUUAUGAUGGAGUAAUUCGUUGUUUAAAAAGAAUGCACAUUAAAGCCAUGCCUGAGGAUGCCAAAGGGCAGGUGAAAUCCCAGCAUCCACUAAGCUGGUGUUGUCCUAUCGACCCAGCUGGAUCGUGGAACCAGUCUAUGGGAAGUGAGGACUGGAUAGCUUUAGUCAAAGCAGCUGCUGCAGCCGCAGCCAAGAAUAAACCAGGGGGUAAACCUCGAACCAGCGCUAACAGCAAUAAAGAUAAAGAGAAAGAUGAGAGAAAAUGGUUUAAAGUACCUUCAAAGAGAGAGGAAGCAUCUGCUUGUAUAGCCACACCGGAAGUUGAGAAGAAGGAAGAGUUGCCUGCGUCUAAUGAGACAUUUGGCCUUCAUGUAGAGAACGUUCCAAAGAUGAUCUUUCCGCAGCCAGAGAGCAUGUUAUCAAACAAGAGGAAAAAUAAUCAAGGCAACUCAUUUCAGGCAAAGAGAGCACGACUGAACAAGAUUACUGGUUUGUUGGCAUCCAAAGCUGUUGGGGUGGAUGGUGCUGAAAAAAAGGAAGACUACAGUGAAACAGCUCCAAUGCUGGAGCAGGCGAUUUCACCUAAACCUCAAAGUCAGAAAAAAAAUGAAGCUGACAUUAGCAGUUCUGCCAACACUCAGAAACCUGCACUGUUAUCCUCAACUUUGUCUUCAGGGAAGGCUCGCAGCAAGAAAUGCAAACAUGCAUCUGGAGAUUCUUCUGGGUGUACAAAAGCCCCUAAAUCACCACUGUCCCCAGAAUUAAUACAAAUCGAGGAUUUGACGCUUGUAUCUCAGCUUUCUUCUUCAGUGAUAAAUAAAACUAGUCCUCCACAGCCUGUGAACCCCCCUAGACCUUUCAAGCAUAGCGAGCGGAGAAGAAGAUCUCAGCGUUUAGCCACCUUGCCCAUGCCUGAUGAGUCUGUAGAAAAGCUCUCUUCUCCCUCUCCAGCCCCUGAUGGGAAAGUGUUCUCUGUCAGUUCUCAGAACCAGCAGGAAUCUUCAGUACCACAGGUGCCUGAUGGUUCACAUUUGCCACUUGAGAAACUGGGAUCCUGUCUUCCUCUUGAUCUGAGUCGUAGUUGCGAAGUUUCGGCAACACUCGCCCCAGAUUCCUCUUACCGUAAGGAGGGUCCCAAAGCAGAAAAGGAGGAUGCCCAGAUGCUUACCAAUCCUUCCAAAGCAGGCGGUGAUGGAAGAGGAAUGCCAGCAGCAGGAAUAUCGAAAACAGAAAAAAAAGUGAAAUUGGAAGAAAAAAGCUCCGCUGCAUUUGGGAAGAAAAAAGAAAAGGAGAAAGAAAGAAAGGAGAAGAGGGAGAAAGACCACUAUAAACCAAAGCAAAAGAAGAAGAAAAAAAAGAAAAAGAAAUCUAAGCAGCACGACUACUCAGACUAUGAAGAUAGCUCGCUGGAAUUUUUGGAAAGGUGCUCUUCUCCACUCACUCGAUCUGGGAAUUCUCUGGCUCCACGCAGCGUGUUCAUGGAGAAAACUACAACCUAUCAGUACCCACGGGCCAUUCUGUCUGUGGAUCUUAGUGGUGAAAACUUAUCCGACGUGGAAUUCCUGGAUGAUUCUUCCACGGAGAGUUUACUUCUGAGUGGAGAUGAGUACAAUCAGGACUUGGAUUCAACCAACUUUGAGGAAUCUCAGGAUGAAGAUGAUGCUCUUAAUGAAAUUGUGCGGUGCAUUUGUGAAAUGGAUGAGGAAAACGGCUUCAUGAUUCAGUGUGAAGAGUGCCUGUGCUGGCAGCACAGCGUGUGCAUGGGGCUGCUGGAGGAGAGCAUUCCGGAGCAGUACAGCUGUUACAUCUGCCGAGACCCUCCGGGUCAGAGGUGGAGUGCAAAAUAUCGCUAUGAUAAGGAUUGGUUGAAUAAUGGGAGAAUGUGUGGGCUGUCAUUUCUGAAAGAAAAUUACUCUCAUCUCAAUGCUAAGAAGAUCGUAUCCACACACCAUCUGCUCGCUGACGUCUAUGGUGUUACGGAAGUGCUGCAUGGGUUGCAGCUCAAGAUUGGCAUUCUAAAGAACAAGCAUCAUCCUGACCUUCAGCUCUGGGCGUGUUCCGGGAAGCACAAAGACCAAGAUGAAGCCCUGGCAGAGAAAAAGGGAGCAGCGCGAGACGUGGUGACUCCAGAAGAGAAGAAACCUGUUGAGAACCACAGAGAACCUGCUCGCCUGCCCCUAAAGAUCGAGGGGACUUACAUUACAAGUGAGCACAGCUACCAAAAGCCACAGAGUUUUGGCCAGGACUGCAGAGCUCACGUAGACCCUGGGAGCUCAGAUGAUGAUGAUGUUAGUAGUUUUGACGAGGAGCAAGAUUUCCACAUGGGAGAGAAAAACCGUAUAAAAUUCUCAGCGAAAGUGCAUAGAUUGUCUGAAAAGAAUCCAGCUGAAGGGAAUAUGGUAUUUGUUUAUAACGAUAAAAAGGGCACUGAAGACCCACGCGCCUCCCACCUUCAGUGGCAGCUCAACCUCCUGACACACAUAGAAAACGUGCAGAAUGAAGUCACCAGUAGGAUGGACCUAAUAGAAAGAGAAGUUGAUGUUCUGGAAAGCUGGCUUGAUUUCACAGGGGAAUUGGAGCCACCAGAUCCUCUGGCAAGACUACCCCAACUUAAGCGCCACAUAAAACAGCUCCUAAUUGACAUGGGAAAAGUACAGCGAAUAGCAACCCUCUGCUCUGUGUGACAGUGGUGGAUACUAAUGAGAAGAUAUGGGUCCCUUUAGGUGAGCCUCUCUUACUGUCCACGUGAGGAAGUGGACAAUUAAAAAGCUUAGUGAUGUUUGGUGAUUUACUGCCUUGUGACAUCCUUGAUGGCACCUUGGAAAAACAAAGCGAAGUGCAACUUUCUCAAGGAAGCUUCUGUCAGAACACCCUGAGCAGACUGCAGGUGGCGAUGCGUCUCAAGGAGAGUGUCAUCUAUGCUGGGGAAUUAAUCAGAUUGGCAGGAUUUUUGAGUAUUUUACGUGAAGCUCAAGAUACCCAUAGAAAGAAGUAUGGUAUACUUAUAUGGAUUUAAGUAGGAGUCAUGCUUAUAAGCCAGCAUUUGGCCAAAAACACAGUUGUAAAGGAAAUUGAAAUUCUGGAGAGUUCCACAAGGUUGUUCUAAGAACUGUCUUCUCAGCAGUGGAUCCAGCUGUGCGGAAGUUUGAGCUGUUAAGCUUCUAGAGGAUCAUGAGCUAGUUCUUGGAUGAUGAAUGUCCUUAAUCAGAAAACUGACAGAAGAAGUCUCACUUCUGGAGAAAAAAUUAUGACGCUCUUACUUCAGUAUGAACGUAUUUGAAAAACACCAAAUAAUUGGAAUUUAUUGCAGGCAUUAAUCUCUCUAGAAAUAAACUGCCUUGCAAUGGGUCUGAUGUGCCAAAUGUUAACGAACCUGCUAGGAAGAGGAUUGUAAACAUUGAGGGUUCUCUCACCCCCCGUUUUCUGCAACAUCAUCAGCCCGUGUAAGACCAACACAUAUUGCUACUAGAAGAUAGCUGGAUGACAGUAUUCAGGAUGCAACAUACAGUUUAACCCUGAAUAUGCUUGGUAUUUGCCUUCAUAAAAAAGAAAAAAACAAAAACUUGUAAAUAACCUCAGCUGGGAUGAGGAGUGACAGGAAUAUCAGAGUCGUGUGCGGCCGUGGACUUUGAACUGCUACUAGCAGAAUACUGGAAAAGCUGCAUUUCUGAAGAUGAAUUUUAUUUUUAAAAAAUACAUGCACACUCAAAACUUUUAGCUUUGAUUACACAUGGACAACUUUCUGAAACCAAAGGCAACGAAGUUGCUGUCUUAGCUCUUGUUGGACUUUGAGCCGAGGUCCUACUGUUUGCCCAGCCCCCAUGAGUUUGUGCGCCCCAGGGCUCCCUCCGCAGACGUGCGAAGUGUAUGUGCUUGUUAUAAACAGACACAUAACGUACAGAUGUACAUAGCGACACAUAUUUAUAUUACACAUAUCUAGUUUUAUUACUAUAGACUAUAUGAAUUGGUGGUUAACAUGAAAUGUUACCUUUUAACAGACUUUUUAAAAUUUAAAAAUGUAUGUACAGGUUUUGAAUUUUUUUAAGGGGGGAAAAAGGACUGGUAUGAGGAGGCUACUUGGUGACUUAUAACACUUGAAUAUUUUACGCCUCGUUCUGUUUAUCAGUUCUAGCAAUCUGUAUAAAUGCAUUUUAGAACUGAUAGACAGUAAACUUGAAUUUAUCUUUGAUAAGAAUACAUGCCACUGUACAUUCAGAUAUUAUUUAAAUUUGCAAACACACUGUUCUAUAUGUAAGGUACUGUAUGUAAAACUCUUUAUUAAAACUGUUCCACAUAACCUAAAAUUUCAGCUUGCCUUUUUGCAGCCUUAUAUUUUGAUGUAAAGAUUAAAAGAAUGUGCAAAACA